AUGGAGGGGGUUUACGCAGUUCUCAACGAGAGAGAACGCACAGCUCUAGAGACAGGUGCAGGGCCGCCAAAAUGGAAAUUUGACAGAGCGCAGUCGGACAGAUUGCAGAGUAUGGAGCUAGGAAGGACUCUUGGCGAGGGGAAAUUCGUAAAGGUUAAACUCGCCAUUGACAUGGAAACAGGACAGAGCUAUGCCGUGAAAAUCUUGGACAAGGAGAAGGUUUCCCGGUGCAAAAUCGUGAAUCAUAUUAAAAGGGAAAUAUGCACGCUGAAGCUCAUUAAACAUCCUAAUGUCGUGAGAUUAUACGAGAUUUUGGCGAGCAGGAAGAAGAUAUAUAUUGUUCUCGAGUUUGUUACAGGGGGAAAUUUGCUUGACAAAAUCAUUGAGGCGAGUAACGGAGAACUCCAUGAAAACGUAGCGAGAAAGUAUUUCCAGCAGCUAAUUGAUGCCGUCGGAUAUUGCCACAGCAGGGGUGUCUACCACAGGGAUUUGAAGGAAUAUAUAACAAUAAUGGCUACUUGAAGGUGUCCUGCAAUGGACAUUUGAAUCAAAUGAC